CACCGAUCGUGAGUGUUAAUUUAUGUUGAAAAUGUUUAAAAGCAUUGUGUUUUCAAUAACAGUUUCUUUACUUUCGAUAUAAAACGUUUUCAUAGUUUUUCUCGAGUAUUCGUUAGCCGAAUGUGUCGUGUAGGGUAUACAAGUGUGCACAGUUGAUUCGUUUCGAGAGAGAGUAUCACUACGUAAUACAAAAAUGGCUACACCUACGAGGACAGGUUUAAAAAAAGUGAAACCAAUUCUCUCGCUCAAUACCGAAGACGCACGUAGAAGAGUGAUAACAUUGUACAAAGCUUGGUAUCGACAAAUUCCUGAAAUUGUUUACAAUUAUGAUAUCCCAAAAAAUCAGGAAGAUUGUAAGAAAAAGUUAAGAGAAGAAUUUCGACGACACAAUGAUUUAAAGGACAUAAGAGUUAUAGAUCUACUUGUUAUCAAGGGUCAAAUGGAGCUUCAAGAAGUUGUCACUUUAUGGAAACCAAAAUCGGCUCUUAUGAACUACUGGAAAGAAACGUGUCAACCAAAGCCGACAGACUUCAUGUCAAAAUUCCUUUCCGGUCAAGAUACGACCGCGUAAUUCUAGUCCGUGUAAAAAUAAAUGCACGUAAAUACUUCUUGUAGAGAUAUAUUUGUAUAGCAACUUACCUAUAACCUAUAGAUUAUAUGAAGAGUUUUGUGUGUGCGUGUGUGUGUGUAUAUAUAUAUAUGCUUUACACAUGACGUCUGUAAAAUAAAAUUGAAAAGGGGAACAAAAUGUAGU